CGCCAAACCAAAAAUAAACAAACAGAAAUUAGAAAUGAAAAUGUAAUCGAUGGAAACAUUUGGAUUAAUAAAUUGUGACUGUGUGUUUUGAAUGUUAAGUCCCAGAACCUCGUAUAGAAACUAGACAGUAUCAUGGACGAAAACCUCCUCAUCCUGAAAAAAUCCUUCCCAGGCAGAGCAUCUCAAAUAGAUCAACUAUGGAAUUUUUUUGGCACUACCCGAGAACCAUUUCCUCCAACUCUAUAUAUUUCUGGUGGAUCGAGUACAGGCAAAUCGUCAAUAAUAAGCGCUCUAUUAAAGGCACUUUCCAUUAAACAUGCUAUGAUAAAUCUAGUAGAAUGCUACACUUCUAAAAUUCUUUUCGAAUCUAUUUUGAAUCAAUUAUCUGGCCACGAAAUCGAUCCCAAAAUAGGAGCCCCUUUUGCUAGAUGCGACAAUCUUAUGGAUUUUGUGGAGCAUAUUCAAAAAAUGUCUUUAGCAGGAUCUGUGAUAGUUAUCGAUAAGGCUGAGGAACUUAGGAAUAUGGAGUUUAAUUUGUUGCCAGGUUUUUUGACUUUACAAGAGUUAACAAAUGUACAAAUUUCAGUUAUAUUCUUAUCAGAAAUCGCAUUUGAAAAGUAUUAUUACAAAUUAAAUAUUUUGGAGCCAUUCAAGUUACAUUUUCCUCAAUAUACUAAAGAUGAGCUAUUAGAAAUUCUUGCUCUUGAUUUUGAUUAUCUUGAAAAUGUAUCCACUUCUUGUGAUAGGGACUUUUACAGAAAUUACCUAAAUGUCUUUUUAUCAGUAUUUUAUAGAGCUUGUAGAGACUUAAGUGAAUUACGUCACAUGAGCAGAAAAAACUUUAUAGUUUAUUGCGAGCCCAUUGACAAAAACCAACUCACAGUUCAUGAUUCAAUGGCUCUGUGGAAACACAUUUCUCCAAUUUUCACUGCUUCCAUGCAAGUAUUAUAUCUACGAACAUCAAAUGACUCUAGUAAACCUCUAGCCCAAAACUUAGAGCUACCUUUCUACACCAAAUAUUUACUAAUAGCUGCAUAUUUAGCCAGCUAUAAUUCGGCUAAAGACGACAAACGAUUAUUCACAAAGUACCACGGCAAAAAAACUAAGACCAGAAAAGAUGUAAAUAGAAAAAAUAAAGUGUCCGAUAAAUUAAACACGCAAAUGGGCCCAACCACGUUUACUUUGGACAGACUGUUAGCUAUUUUUUAUUCGAUUUUAGAGGAUAAAGUUGGUUUCAAUAAUCAUUUAUUGGUGCAAGUGUCCAGUUUAGUGGAACUUCAGUUGCUAUCGCUUGCAUCAGAUCCCUCAACUUUGGACGACAGAAAGUACAAGUGUAAUGUAAACUUCGAAACCAUACAAAGUGUUUCCAGAAUGGUUGGAUUUAAUAUUAGGAAGUAUUUGAGUGAUUUUAGUCACAUGUAAUUGUAUUUACUUUUCGAUAAUGAUGAAUAAAGUUAUUGUAUUUUGUUUUAA